UGUGUAGGUGUAUUGUAUUGUCAAGUUUAUUGCAAGUGCAGUGUUAUAUUUUCUGCAAAAUUAUUGAUAAACCGCAAUAACAAUGCGGUAAAACAUAACAUAAUGAUACGGGCAGUGCAGUUAUCGCAUUAAACCGGCUGCUGAGUGUGGGAAAGUUUCUCAGAUAAACUGCCAUUACAAAUUACAAUAAGCCAAAUGCUUUCAAACUCAACUGAAGUUAAAUUAUUGGCUACAACAAACUUCAUACAUUCUGCUAAUCAUGAUGCAACUGGCGGCAUGGUAUCAGAAGAAGAUCAGCUCGUACGACAAGGAAGAAUGGGAGACGAUGGUGGAGCAGCUGCUGAUGCGCGGCACGUACCGCCGCCGCAUCGUCGACUUCUCCUCACACUCGCGCUCAUACCUCAUUGACGUGGACCUGGUCAGAGGUUCAUCAUUCCCCAAAGCAAAGCCGACUCUGUCCAUGCGCCGGGUAGUAUGGUUCGCACUCGCCCGUCUUCUCUUCCUACCGGCGUUGUACGCGUGGUGGGCGCAACAGACCUCGCCGAGCUGCGCGCGCGUGCUGCUUGCGCUGUGGACCGUUCAACUCGCCAACAUCGUGCUGUACUUCACGGCACCCACGGACACUGUCGACCCUAACUGCUGGAUGGUGCCGGCGGGCCUCAUGGUGGUCCUGAGCGUCGUGCACUCGCAGAUCGUGAGCACCACCGAGAUGGAGCUCGCGCGCGUGCGCCCGCGCGCCACGUACCGCCGCAAGCUGCCGCGAUACUUCCGGAGAGCGCGUUCCGAAUGCGACGGUGGCAGCGCGGGCGGAUCAGGGGAAAGCGGCGCCACUUCCACCCAGAGCAAGCCGGCCAAGCCAGCCAAAUACCGGCGCCGCCAGUCCCGGGCUGACGUGUCCAACACGGUGCUGAGACAACGUAAAAACAAAGAACUGACGAAGGAAAACCUCAUCAAAACCAUGGAGCCUAUUAUUAAAAAAGCUAUGAAAGCCAAAGAUUCUGACGACGAAGAUUACAUGGCGUGGUCAAAACCUGACGUGUCCACCCCAAUAGUCACAUUCACCCCACCGCCAGACGAAGUGGCACAACCCUCGUUCUCUUAUAAGAAUGUAUUAACCAAGAAAAGGCUCGAAAGCUUCAAUGUGCAGGGCCACAUGAACCUAGCGAGAGCCAUGUUUGCCGAGGGUGAUGAUGGCUUCGAAAGCCUCAACGGAUACUACUCCAACGGUAGCGACGACCGACCAAAGGAAAAACUAGUCAACGAAAAAGAAAAACCAGUGAUCGAACCUAGUAUUAAACCAGUUCCUAAUCUACUUAGAAAUCUUGAAAGGCUGAAGAAGGAAGACGAUGAGAAAUCGGAGAAGAGUGUUGAGUCUGAUGGGUCUGUGCCGGCUCCGGAAGGCAAAAGGGUCGGGGUGAGGUUCAAGAAGUCGUGGGCCGCGGGCGUUAUACCGCGGGAGACUAGCGAUGAGGAGUAUCCUAUUAAGAAGAAAAAUAAGAAAUUAGAGAAUUACCAGUCAUCGUCGUCCGACGGCGAAUGCUCGGCGUCGGCGCCGUCCAUCGCGCUGCCGUCGCACCAUACCAUGUCCGACUGGGUUGGCCAAACUACUAACAGUGAGGAAAGCAGCUACGGAUCUCAAUCGGAGGGCGCCCAUUCGGACGUGGGGUUCCACUGUGCUGACAGUUCGUGGGACCCCUUCGCUUUACUUGACCCUACUAGUGACACAGUGAAAUGCACUAUGUGGGAGCGAGGCUCGACAUUACGCGCGGAGUUGUCCGCGGUGGACAUCAGCUGGUACGUGGUGGCGCGGGCCGAGCGCGCCAUGGCGGCCGACGGCUGCAUGUGGGCCGGCCUGCUCAUGGCCGCCAGCGUGGCGCUAGUGGCGCCCGCCGCCAGACUCAUCCAGGUUGCCAUAGAACAAGACACUAGAAGUGAGGAGGAACUGCAAUCGCUGUCGCUGCUGACUUACAUUCCGUCGUUGAUCUGCAACUAUAGUCAAGGAUCUGUAAUCUCAAUACUCAAUGGUGCUUUUGGUGACAAUAUAUGGGAAGUAACGACGAGUUUAAUAUCAUGCGCACUCCGCUUCGCGCUCAGCGGUCUCGUAUUUUUCCUACUGGCCGUAGCAGAGAGGGCUUUCAAGCAACGUUUUCUCUAUGCGAAACUUUUCUCGCAUUUGACUUCGGCGAGACGGGCACGGAAGAGCGAGUUGCCACAUUUUAGACUGAAUACCGUGAGGAAUAUCAAGACUUGGCUCUCCACUCGGUCAUACUUACGGCGCCGCGGGCCUCAGCGUUCAGUGGACGUCAUCGUAUCUGCCGCCUUCAUGCUCACUAUAAUAUUGCUCGCCUGCGUCAGCGCUCAUCUGCUCAGGGACUCCAUAACCCUCGAAUCGAGCUGGCUCCUCGAAGCUCUCGUGUGGAGCAGCUGCCUCGGCAUCUACCUCCUCCGCCUGCUGACCCUGGGCAGCAACGUGAACCGCAAGUACCGCGGCUGCCUGUCCGCCAUACUGACGGAGCAGAUCAACCUGCACCUCGCCAUCGAGCAGCGCCCGGAGAGCAAGGAGCAGCUCACGGUCGCCAACAACGUGCUCAAACUCGCCGCGGACUUGCUCAAGGAACUGGAUUCGCCUUUCAAGAUAUCCGGAAUAUGUGCCAAUCAUUACUUAUACACUAUAACAAAGGUAGUCAUACUGUCUGCCCUCUCUGGGGUGUUAUCGGAAAUGCUAGGCUUCAAGUUAAAACUACACAAAAUCAAGAUCAAAUAAUAUAAAUGAAAUAUUCUACUGUUGUGAAAUGCACGUUGUUUAAAGUAGGUCACAAGAAAAAGAUAUGAUAU